UCCCUCCCUUAAAUUAUCCAAACGGAUCAUAGGUCUGCACAGUAAGCCUUGGCAACCAAGGAAGCUCUCUUCCACAUCGCCCCUGCUUUUCUAUUUAAAUACUUCUUUUUCUGCUCAUUUAAGUCUCACACUCACCUCUCAUGGACUCUUCUUCCCUCUGUAGCCUUCUCUUUUCUUCAAGAUUUUGAUCUAAUCACUACCCAUCUCCAAGAAAAUGGAGCUUUUUCCCUCUAAAUCCACUCCACAGCACCACCGCCGCCACCAAACUCUCCCUCCUAAGAGAGGCCAGAUAAAGGCGAAGAUUUUCAAAGAUUUAAUAAAAUCAGCUUCUUCAACCUUUGCUUCUCUUGGUAAAUCGUUCUCUGAGUCUAGCUCUAGCUCUAGCUCCCUGCUCCUGCUGCAAUUUCUAGUGGGUAUAACUCAGAUGAUCCUUGAGCCUUGUUCUCUCUGUUGCUCCAGUUGAAUUGGGAUUUUCUUCUUUUUUUCUCCAAAAUUGGCCUACUGCUGCAAUUUGUAUUCAUAAAUAAUUCUUUUAUUAUAUUUUCCCCCUUUUUAUGUAAGUAGGCAUGUUGUUAUAAGCUGAAUAUAGCUAAUUGAAAAUUGAAAUUGAUGAGUUUUUUCUUGGUA